ACUAAUGAACCCAUUUAAAUUUUAUCUUUUCAAAGGUUUUCUAAGCAAUAUAAAAGAAAUUAGACAUAUCAUAAACCUUGACAAUAAGAUUGUAUUUUGUAUAUUUUGCAGCAAAUGACCUCAAGAUUAAAAAUAAAUAUAAAUGGGAUGAGUGCAGAUUAUUCAAGAACUUCUUUUAUAUUUUAGGAGAAAGAAAUAUUUUUGACAAAUUAAGAAAAUUUUAAAAGAUCUGUGGCGCAUUUAAGCAUGACUUUUAUGUAAAAAUUGUGUCUAUGUACAAAUAGAAACACUAAGUUAAGCCUGAAAGGAUAAAAAUCAAGAAACUACUGACAUAAUUCCAUUCAAUAAAAUCUAGGGUGCUGCUCUGAAAAGUAUGUAGACAUUUGGGAUAUUGACAGCAAUAUGAACAAAAAAGGACCCAAAUGCACAAUCAGAGCCCAGGAGGGACAGUAUGCUCAUGAGGGGUGUUUGAGGGAAAGCCAAGUGGACAAGGGUCAGUGGCUCGGCAUGGCCAUGAUACUUCAGUAGUGGUUCAUCCACGUACACUGUAAUAGGAUGGAGCCCAGUUGCUUAUAGGUCACUUUACAAUGGAAACAAUCAAAAACCCACCCACAGGCAGAUAUCCAGGGAUGAACUAUAGCACCAAAUAAGAAAGGAAGAAGGACCCAGAAUUAUGACACUCAUAGCACAAAACUAAAUAAACAUUGCAAUAAUUACUGAUCCAACACUUGACUCCACCACAACUGCCACUGGUCUAAGUGACCUAACAUGUCUAGAAAAGGGAAACUUCCUAGACUUGUUUAUUAAUACAGGAGUUCUAUAUCAGUUUUGCACAGUGACACAGAUUAUAUUUAACUCUAUUUUUCUCUCACAUGCAAUUAUGGAUAUUACCUUUUGGGGUCAUUCACUCACACAGAAAUAUCUGACUUGUAAUUGCCUGUAUAUGUGCAUAAUCCUAUGUCUGCUUACAUCUAUUUUCAUCUUUUAGGGUUGUCCAUAAUUUUAGGGAUAAUGAGUGAAUACAAGAGAAUCAUUCUUCUAAAUGGAUUAGAGUGUAUGGAAGACAACCACUUUAGGAUGAUCAAGUCCAUAUUAAGAAAAAAACUAAAUCUAUCUAAAAAGAUGCAAGAUGAUUAUGACAGAAUUCAGAUUGCUGACCAGAUGGAGGAUACAUUCCCAAAAGAUGCAGGACUGGACGAACUGAUAGAUGUGUGCCAGAGCAUUAAAGAACUAGAAGGUCUUGCCAAAACCCUUAAAGCAGAGAAGGCAAAAGUUCAGAAGCAAAAGAAAGGAAAAAAUAAAACUGCAUUGGGAAAAAGAAAGCAAGAUGCACCCAGUAGUUCCCAAUCUCUUUCCACUGGUAAUGAAUCAAACAAGAAUAAACCCCCUUCAAAGAAAAAGAGAAAGAUGCCCACAAAAAUUGAAGAUGGCAAGAAAAGGAAGCUUACCCAGGAGCAGACUCAGCUUCCAGAACCUUCAGGAAGCUACAUACUGAAAGAUGAAGGUUGUCUCCAGACCUCUCAUAGCCCUCCACCGACACCACUGAGCAGUUCCUCCAACAAGACACCAAGGACGGGAAACAUACCAGCAGAACCUGCUAAGGAAGAGGGUUAUCAUCAAGAAUCCAAAGAAGUGAUGGUUUUGAAAGUAACAGAACCAUUUACUUAUGAUUUGAUUGAUGACAAAAGGAUGUUCCAUGCCACAGUGGCGACUGAGAAUGAAUUCUUCAGAGUGAAGAUUUUUGACCCAGUCCUAAAGAACAAGUUCAUUCCAAAUAAGAUCAUUGCCAUAUCAAAUUAUUUUGGCUUAAAUGGGUUUCUGGAAAUACAUGAAGCUUCCUGUGUGUCUGAUGUAGACAUGAACAGAACAAUGGCUAUCUCAAAAACACUGAGGCAAAGAGCCAAUGCGACUCCUAAAAUUAGGGAUCUUUUCUCGCAGGCACAGGGGACAUAUGUGAAUGGAGAGUUUGUGGUAUACAAGAAAACUGAGAGGAAUCCCUUCAUUUACUAUGGAAUUGAAGAUGAUACAGGGAACAUGGAAGUGGUGGUCUAUGGGAGACUGACCAGUAUAAAGUGUGAGCCAGGCCAAAAACUUCGACUCGUCUGUUUUGAAUUGUCAUCAAGCAAAGAUACAUGGCAACUGAAGUCUGUAAGACACAGUAACAUGCAGUCUACAGAAAUUCUUCUCUGCUAUCAGCAAACAGCUCAACAUCACUGUGUGAACUUGGAGAAACUGUCCUCUCAAGUACUGUCCAUAAUAUUAGGGAUAAUGAGUGAAUACAAGAAAAUUGUUCUUCUAAAAGGAUUAGAGCGUAUGGAAGACUACCACUUUAGGAUAAUUAGGUCCUUACUAAGAAAAGGCCUACACCUGUCUGAAAGGAUGCAGAAUGAUUAUGACAGAAUUCAGAUUGCUGACCUGAUGGAGGAGACGUUCCCAAAAGAUGCUGGACUCGGCAAACUGAUAGGAUUUUGUCAAGAAAAUAAAGAUCUUAAACACCUUGUUGAAGAUCUUAAAGCAGAGAAGGCAAAAGUUGAAAAACAAAAGAAAAGAAAGAAGACAACUGCAGGGGAAGGAAAGCAAGGGGAGCCCAGUGGUUCCCACACUCUUUCCUCCAGUAAUGCACCUUCUUCAGAGGAAAAACAAACUGCAGAAACUGAAAGUGGCAAAAAAAGGAAGCUUACCCAAGAGCAGACUCAGCUUCUAGAACCUCCAGGAAGCAACACACAGAAAGAUGAAGGUUGUCUCCAGACUUCUCAGAAGCCUCCAACAUCGUCCAGCAAUUCCUCCAACAAGAAACAGAAAACCACAAAUACCAAAAAACAGAGUACUCUAAAGACAGAUGAUUCCCAGACAAAACACCAGCUUCUAGGAUUGUCAGCAACCAGCAACUCGUCAGCUGCAUGGGAAGGCCAGACUCUUCUGGGGCUCGCAGCAACAGCUUCUAGCAGCUUCCACACUCCCCAGACACCUCCAGAAACAUGCGACUCUUUAAAAACGUCUCAAGACUCUCCAUCACCACCCUGCCAAAGUUUUCCAAUAUCUCCAGUAUCAGACUCUAGCAUCCAUCUGAACUCUCCCGUGACUCUAACACUAUCCAAUGAUGUCCAAACUCCUUAUGUACCUUCAGCAACAGCAUCCAAUAAUGUCUGGGUCCCUAGUGUGCCUUCAGAAAGGAUGUCCAGUUCUCUCAGUGCUCCUCAGAUGUCUCCAGUAUCAGGGUCCAUCAGUGCCCAGAACCUUCACCUACUUACAACAGCAGCAUUCAAUAGCAUGCAGAUUCUUCACAAUCCUCAAACAGUAGCAUCCAGAAGUGCCCAAACCCCUAGAGUACCUGCAACAUUGAAAAGCAAAGCCCAGGUCAUAAAGACGCCUCUAGCAGCAGCAUCCAGCAGUGUUCAGGUGCCCCACGCUCUUCCAGGGGCAGUGUCCAGAAAUGUCAGCACCACUCAGGUGCCUCAAAGAACAACAGGCAGUAGCAUUCAGACUCUUAACCCUGCUAGAGUAAACGUACCCAGGAAUGCUCAGGUCCCAGGUCCCUUAGCAACAGUACCUGCUUAUUUCCUGACUUCUUUGCCAUCUCCAGCAACAGCAUCUAGUAGUGUCCAGGUACUUCCACUAACAACAUCCAACAGUCUUCCAGAUCCUCGGGUGCCUAGACCAAUAGCGACAAGUAGAAUCCAGACCACUCAAAUGCAUCCAGCAGCAGUAUCCAGCUUCAUCCAGGCUCCUCAUGCUCCUCCACUGACAGUCUCCAGAAGUGUGUGCCCCACUCAAGUGCCUCAAGGAGCAGCAUCCAGUACUGGUCAAACUCUUCCCUGUCCUAAAGUAAAAGCACCUACAUGUGCCCUGGCUCCCCAGAUGCCUUCAGCAACAACAUCUGAAAGUCUCCUAGCACAAUGUACAUCUCUACCAAAAGCAUCCCAAAGUCUCCUGGCUCCAAUGGGGUCUCCAGCAACUACCAGCAGCAGUUCAUGCAGGACACCAAGGAUGGGAAACAUACCCAAGGAACCUGCUAAGAAAGAAGGUUAUCAUCGAGAACCCAAAGAAGUGAUGGUUUUGAAAGUAACAGAACCAUUUACUUAUGAUUUGAUUAAUGACAAAAGGAUGUUCCAUGCCACAGUGGCGACCGAGAAUGAAUUCUUCAGAGUGAAGAUUUUUGAUCCAGUUCUAAAGAACAAGUUCAUUCCAAAUAAGAUUAUUGUCAUAUCAAAUUAUUUUGGCUCAAAUGGGUUUCUGGAAAUACAUGAAGCUUCCUGUGUGUCUGAUGUAGACAUGAACAGAACAAUGGCUAUCUCAAAAACACUGAGGAAAAGAGCCAAUGCAACUCCUAAAAUUAGGGAUCUUUUCUCGCAGGCACAGGGGACGUAUGUGAAUGGAGAGUUUGUGGUAUACAAGAAAACUGAGAGGAAUUCCUGCAUUUGCUAUGGAAUUGAAGAUGAUACAGGAAUAAUGGAAGUAGAGGUCAACGGAAAACUGACCAGUAUAAAGUGUGAGCCAGGCCAAAAACUUCGACUCGUCUGUUUUGAAUUGUCCUCAAGCGAAAAUAAAUGGCAGCUGAAGUCUGUAGAACACAGUAACAUGCAGGUCGUCAAUGUCAGAAAGAAAGUCCCUCAAGCCUGAUUCAUAUCUGAAAACCUGGAUAGCAAAGAUACUGGUUAUGGAGAUAAGAUCCAAGUCCAGAAAAUACAUGUAUACAUGAACUGUUGAAAUACCAUACCUUUGAAAGCCAGCUCCUUUUGUUUUAAUUUUUCAAAACAGGAUUUCUCUGUUUAGUCACUUUUGUCCUGGAAAACACUUUGUAG